AUGCCACCAAAGAUACGGAUACCGACUGUUGAAUUUCGAUCGCUCCUUCUACCACCGGUACGAGUACCGAUACGCGCUCUCCAGACAUUAUACCGCCCGCAAUGCGCCUCUCACGUCCCGCGCUCUGCAUGUCCCACCCAACGCCUUGAGCAACGCCGUGCGCUCAACCUGUACAAAACGGCCAAGGCCAAGACAGUCCUCGGCCAACACAAGGUGCUAACGUUCACUCCGUAUGAAUACCCGCGGUUGGAAGACCUGUCACACAAGGUCAGAUUCUGGGAGACGACCAAGAAGGGCGCAAAGGAGGGCUUGAUAGCGGACAACAUCUCAUUACAAGAGCUGUACGACAACCAUGUCAAAGAUGGAGAAAUGCUCUGGUGUAUGGAUGCGCUGAAGAAAGGGAUGGCGCAAGGAUAUUUGGACAAUGAGGACCAGGGCGAGGCGAGCAUGAGUGUACCAGAAAACUUGAGGGAAUUCUCCAUCACCAAAGCACACACGUUCACGAAACCCAAAACUAAGAAGGGCAAGAAUAUUGGAGGGCUCAAAAACAUCAUCUUGAACGAGUCCAGUCCAACCGAAUUCUACAGGCUAUCAUUGGAUCGCGCAUACCAAUUCCUCGAGCAUGGCUGCCCUGUAGAGUUUCGCCUCCGCUUACAAGGCAGACCGCUGCUAAAAGAGGAAAGGAUCAUGGCAGCAAAUCCUCGCCGCUGGCAAUGGAUGCACUCGCAUUUCCCACAUCUGCGACCAGACUUUAUCAUGAAGGGAAUGCCUAAAGGCACAGCCUAUGUAAUUGAACCUGUGAGUGACGGACGCUCAGUGCAAUGGGUGGCUGGAAACCCAGACGCGCCUGGUCAUGAAGGGCUCAACAACCGGAUAUUCAAAAUCAAGGGUGCGGUUGCGCACUCCGUCAAGCAAGGCAAACAAGCCAUGCUGCCAAAGAUAAUGCGCGGGAAGUUGAGAGAAUCCGGGAUGAAUGCUUACUCGACCAACACGGGCUUGCCGAAAGAGCAGGCUCGGGCAAAAUAUGGAAAGGGUGGGAAGGUCACGUACGGUGGCGAAGAGACCAAGUAUCUCAAGAGGGAUGCGGAGACGGACGGGUUCAUGACGCCAGAUCCGGCGUUACGACAAAGUAGGGCUAGAGUUAGAAGAGAGUUGAACGAUGAGUCGCAACGUAAGAUGCACUGGGAAGGUCGCGGGCGCAUAGGCCGCGAUCUGAAUGAGCAAAAGAAGGCUGCCAGAGAGAAGCAAAAGGCCGAAUUUGAGGGGAAGUACAAGUAA